CCAAGUUCAGAACGAAGGAGAGGAUAGUCCUACAGAUACCACAAACCCUGCAUUUCCUGAUGUAUCACCGACCCUUCCACCUGAUAAUAAUGUCUCAGAAGAUCCUCGCCUAUCGAUUUCUCCUAAUAAUCCAGUCUCUUCUUCAA